AUUAUCAGAGAGUUAUUUGUUUAUUUUUUAAUACUGCCCGACUUCACAUUCGCUAAAUCUGACCUUGUUCGAAAAGAUCCGAACAACAUGUGCUUUCAGCAGUGCUUCUACUGUGGUGGCAGUACAGAGCGUUGUUUACCGUAUGCAUGGUAUUUUCCUGGAUGUGAGCUGAAUGACGUCAGACACAAUAAAUGCUGGGGUAAGUCCAUAAAGAAUCACCUCACUAUCAACAAAGACCUGCUUAUUCUUUGUAGGUUAUUUAAAGAUGUGAUACGAAUACUUGUUAUACUAUAUUGUAAAAACACUGCUUACAAUCAAGUAUACUCCGUGUAG